AUCAGCAAACUCGUGAAGAUGCGUCCAGACAACUUGAACAAGCGCAACAAACCAAUUAUCCUGCAUAUGUAGUGAUGCUUUGUCAGGAGCUCUCCAACGAGCAGACUGAAACGUUUAUUCGGAAUUCAGCAGGGUUGGCUCUAAAGAAUUCGUUAGUGUCAUCGGAGGCUUCACGAAGAAAUGAAAUUACACAGAGAUGGUUAAAUAUGGAUGAGGCAACAAGGCAGCAAAUUAAACAAGCGGUGUUGUCAACUUUGGCGUCAAGUGACCAAAGAGCUGCUGCUACUGCUGCUCAAGUUGUUUCAGCAAUUGCAGCCAUUGAACUUCCAAGCGGACAAUGGACUGAUCUAAUGAAAAAUUUGCUAGAAAAUGUCACUACGACCGACAAUAGUCAACUCAAAAUAGCAACAUUAACAGCCAUUGGCUUUGUUUGUGAAUCAAUUGAUUCCGAUAUUUUGGCAGCUCAAUCAGGGGCAAUACUCACCGCUGUUGUAUCGGGUGCUAGAAAAGAAGAACCCAACCAGGAAGUUAGAAAAGCGGCAAUUGAUGCACUAUAUAACUCAUUAGAAUUCAUUAGAGAGAAUUUUGAUAGAGAGGGAGAACGUAAUUAUAUUAUGCAAGUUGUGUGCGAAGCCACACAAAGUGCUGAUGUCAAUGUUCAAGUUGCAGCCUUUGAAUGUUUAGUUAGGAUCAUGCAAAUAUAUUAUGAUAAAAUGCGUUUUUAUAUGGAAAAGGCGUUAUUUGGUUUGACUGUCCUUGGAAUGAAGCAUGAAGAUGAAAGGGUAGCUUUACAAGCUGUCGAAUUUUGGUCUACAGUAUGUGAUGAAGAGCUUGAAUUAAUAGGGGAAGCUGCGGAGGCGCAGGAAACAGGUGAACAGCCUGACCGUUUAAGCCAUAAUUUUGCAAAAGCAGCCUUGCCUGAAAUAUUACCCGUAUUACUCUGGCUUCUUACCAAACAAGAAGAAGAGGCUGACGAAGAUGACUGGAACGUCUCAAUGGCUGCGGGUACUUGCUUAGCUCUCUUGGCCCAAUGCGUUGAAGAUGCCGUCGUUGCGCCAGUAAUUCCUUUCGUAGAAAACCAUAUUCGUAAUAACGAUUGGAGAUUCCGAGAGGCAGCUGUUAUGGCUUUCGGAUCUAUCUUAGAAGGUCCUGAACAUAAAUUACUUGCGAACUUAGUUAACCAAGCUUUACCGGUUUUGAUUGAUAUGAUGAGAGAUCCAUCACCUCAAGUCAAAGACACAACAGCAUGGACUCUUGGUCGUGUUUCCGAACUUUUAAUAGAAUGCAUCAAACCCGAUGUUCACCUUCAUCCCCUUAUUACUGCAUUGGUUUAUGGAUUAAAGGAUUCUCCACGUAUUGUGUCCAAUUGUUGUUGGGCUUUAAUGAGUUUAUCUGAUCAAUUCGGUAGCAAGGAAACGUCCCAACCAACAUAUCAUUUAUCCGCCUACUUUGAAGGUGUUAUCACUGCUUUAUUGGAGACUACAGAGAGGUCAACCAAUGAAUCUAACUCGCGAACAUCGGCUUAUGAGUGCAUUUCCAUUCUGGUGCAAGGGGCCGCAUUGGAUUGCUUUCCAACUAUUCAAAAAUUGACAUUUACCAUACUUGAUAGACUUGAUGCCACUAUUUCCGCACAGAAUCAAAUAGUUGGUGGUGAUGAGCGUCUUGCACAUUCAGAACUUCAAUCAAACCUAUGCAGUGUUUUGACG